AUGGAAAAAUUAAAAGAAGAUAUCAUUAAAGAAUUAAAGAAUGCCAUUUCUGCUAGUGAAAGCAGGAUUCUACAAAAAAAUGACUUAGUUAAUGAAAAAAUAAAAGAAUUAGAAGAGGAAAAUAAAACACUCAAAGAAACAGUAGAAUAUUUACACCAAACCGUGAAGAAAAAAAAUUUAUUUGUUUCUGGAUUAGUUUCUCAACCCCGAAGAACAAAUUGCAAGAAAUUGAAAGGUACGAAUAUUACUAUUACUUCGAACUUAACCAAAGCUCAGCAAGAGAGAAAUAAAAUAUUAGCGAAACGCCUGAAAGAAAUUAGAAAACAAACUAAGGACAGGUGUUAUAUAAAGGGAGAGAAACUGUACAUUUAUAAUAAAGCGUACACUGUUAAAGACAUUGCCCUUGAAGAAAAAUUAGAAGACGAAAAGAGCCUUUCACAGAAGCAAAAAGUUAUCAACACACCAUCACCACCUAUACCUGAAGAAGUUUUCGAAAGUGACUGCACAAAAGAAGCGGCACAUGAAAGAAAAAAAUUGCUACAAGAUUCAAAAAAUAUGUAG